AUGCGUCUCUUAUCUCUUAUCAGUCUACUUUGCUUGGCCGCGGCCGUGAGCAGCCAGAGCCACGACUUGUCUCUUGGCCAAGCAACUUACGGCGACGUGAUCGUCUACAAACUGAACGAGUACAAAUAUGGUUUCCCUUUCAUGGUGAGGUCCAGUAUUAUUGAGUAUCCUGAGCCGGGGCAGCACAAUUUUGCCUAUAUUAAGGCGAUUUAUAUCAAGGACAACGAGAGAGAUGGCACCGGAGGUUACCCAACUAUUUCGGCUGGUGGAAUUGGGCAGCGUUUUGUGAAGAUCAAGCUUAAAAGCCAGAGAGGCUCUGGAAUGAAUUUCACUAUAACCAUCUAUGGAAGAUACUAG